AUAGUGUGUACUGGCGAAUGUCAAAAUUCGAUUAAGAUUAAAAACGUGUGAUAUCGAACGUCAUAGGCUUGUCACAAUUCAAUUUCGUGAAAGACCGUCUUUUAAAUGACCUAGAGAAGGAUAUCGGUGAGUCGCCCUCGAAUUCACAUCAAAUUCACCAUAAGCUUAAGACAUAACUGAAGAACAGUACAAAAUUAAACACGAAAAUUCAAAAUGUUCCGAACGAUCAUAUUACGAAAUGAUGUUGCCAAAGAAAUUUUUAGAAAAUCUCUCCGAUCCAAGACUUUGAGAAAUGUUUCCAUAGAGUGCUGCAAACGAAGACAUUAUCACAGAGCUUUAUUUGGCAAUGAACAUUCACAAGUUUUACAACGAUGGGUGAAAGCAGAACACAAUUUUGUCAGAUAUUAUGCCGCCGAUCUUCCAAGUCAUACCAAAGUUACACUGCCAGCCCUUUCUCCAACAAUGGAACUGGGUACUAUUGUAAGUUGGGAAAAAAAGGAGGGCGACAAACUGAAUGAGGGCGAUCUACUCGCUGAAAUCGAGACUGACAAGGCGACCAUGGGCUUCGAGACUCCUGAGGAAGGUUAUCUAGCAAGAAUUAUCAUACCAGCUGGGACCAAGGAUGUUCCUAUAGGUAAACUGGUGUGUAUCAUAGUCGAAAACGAAGCAGAUAUUGCAGCUUUCAAAGAUUUCAAAGAUGACGGAGCUGCAGCUCCAGCUCCACCAAAGGCAGCUGCACCUAGUGCUCCUGCACCAUCGCCAGCCGCUCCAGUAGCUGCAGCACCACCUGCUCCAGCAAUGGUUGCUGAUGUAUCUUCCACAGGUAGGGUCUAUGUCAGUCCCAUGGCAAAGAGGUUGGCCGAACAGAGGAAUAUCAGAUUGCAAGGUAAAGGUACCGGACUAUUCGGCUCAAUAACUACUUCUGAUCUAGCAGCCCUAGAAGCCGCCUCAGCAGCACAUCCCAUGGCAGCAGCCUUGCCUUCGGCUGGUGCUUCGGCAUCUCCCUUCGUAGACAUCCCAGUCACAGGAAUGAGAGCCACCAUCGCCAAGAGGCUGCUCCAGUCGAAACAGUCCAUUCCCCACUAUUAUUUGUCAGUUGAUAUCAACAUCGAUAACUUGAUGGCCAUCAGAGCGAAAUAUAACAAGAAGUUAGAGAAGCAGAACGUGAAGUUGAGCGUUAACGAUUUUAUCAUCAAGGCUGUUGCACAAGCUAGUUUAAAGGUUCCAGAGGCCAACUCUUCAUGGAACGAAUCCACAAUCAGGCAGUACAGAAACGUGGACGUCAGCGUAGCAGUAUCCACCGACAAAGGCUUGAUCACGCCCAUCAUCUUCGAAGCAGAACGAAAAGGCGUUGUAGAGAUCAGCAAAGCUAUGAAAGCUCUUGCAGCCAAAGCAAGAGAAGGAAAGCUUCAACCACAAGAAUUCCAAGGGGGCACCUUCAGCAUAUCCAACUUGGGCAUGAUGGGCGUCGACCAAUUCUGUGCUGUCAUCAACCCACCACAGAGCUGUAUCCUGGCCAUCGGAACUAGCUCGAGUCGGUUGAUUGAGGAUCCCUUGUCAGAAAAAGGCUUCAAAUCUGCACAGUACAUGUCUGUGACCUUGAGUUGUGACCACCGCACGGUAGAUGGCGCUGUAGGCGCUAGAUGGCUGCAAGCCUUCAAAGAAAACCUUGAAGAUCCAGUGGCGAUGAUCAUCUAAGGAGGCGACAACCCGUUGAACUAAACAGUUCCUAACCAGUUCAUCUCAUACAGACGAAAAGCUGCCAAUGGACAGGGUGAAGAAACAGUGGAUUCGCACACCCAGAACACGGAGACAAAACAAGAGUUUUUCGCCCAGCUGUAGGGGACUUUUUGGCGAGAUAUUUUAAACUUUUAAGUUAUGUAUUUGUAAGAGUUGUAAGUUCAAUAUUUUGUUGAUAGGUGACGCUUAUGUAUUAGCGUUUAACGAAAGUUCCUGAAAAUGUAGCGAAGAAAACUGCUCUAAAACGUUGUGUAGAAAGUUUUCAUACAUUUUCAGCUGCUCUACACUAUGUGGUGCUUACGUAAGAUAAUCUUUAUUCUGUUAUCAGCGUUAUGGACUGUUAUCGUUCGCCAUAAGUUGGAAGUUUCAUAUUAGACAACGACAUAUUCGUAUUAUUUAUCACACACCACAUUAUAAGAAAUCGUUUAAAUAAUUUUGAAAUCGUUAACAUUUUAUAAAUGUUUUUAUAUUAUCAUUCCAUACUCUAUAACUGGUAGUGACUUACGUUUAAUAGAACAAAAUACGUCAAAUUAAACAAAUAUGACUGUCACAUGUCAUACGUCAAUUUUUUAUUAAGUUAGGUUAGAAUAACUCGCUGAAAGGUCGAUUUAGUUGAGUAACAACAAAAGAAAUUCGUAGUUGUGCAAAAUAUUCAAAAAUAUUUAUUAUUUAUUAUUAAGACUUAAUAGUUGUUUGACUUCGUGUUCUUUUUUUGUAUUUCUAGUAAGGUUCACCCAUUUUGUCAUUGUUCUUAUCCAUUAUUUGAAAAAGAAAGUGCUGUAUCAUGUUUACUGCAUUUAUCACAUGGAUCGGUCAUCAGUCAGUUGGCCGGUUGAGUUGGUCGUUAGACGUUUACAAAUCAACUUCUUUUUGUUUCAUUGUUUUCGGAAAUAUUCUCAUACGUUUGUUAUAAUUUGUUGUAUGGUUUAUGUAUGUAAAUAUCAAAAUGAUUAAUUAAAUAAAUUAUAUUGUAAAUAAA